CGUCUUCCCACCGUUCUCCAGUACAGAGAACAGUACACCCCCAGACCACACUGUACGCUCUCACACUCCUCUCAUUUAUUUCUUAGUUACAUGAACCCCCAACCGCAAAAAUGGACUUCGCCGCCCUGAUGUCCAAAGAAAUCUCCAAGGCCAAAGCCAGCGCCACCGCCCAAAAACCCUCCCCAUCACCAACCCCAGCACCCACCACCACCACCACCCCCCCAACCGACGCCCCCACCACCACCGAACCCAAAAAAUACACCCGCCGCGCCGACCUCGAAGCCGCGCGCCUGGCCGCCUACAACGAAGAGCAAGCGCGCCUGGCCGCCGAGCGCGCCGCCCGACACGCCCAGAAGCGCAAAGCCGAGGACGAAGAGGCCGCGCGCCGGCGCGAGCGCGAGGACAAGAAGCGGCGGCUGGCCGAGGAGUCGCGGCGGCGGCGGGAGGAGGAAGAGGCCCUGCGGGAGCGCGAGCGGCGGCGGCGGCUGGGGUUGCCGGAGCUGACUCCUUCAGGGGAUGAGACUGCCGCGGGGGCGGGGCCAGGGGACGAGGAACUCGCGGCGGAGGAGGUGAAGCAGCGGCUCCGGGAGCUGGGGGAGCCGGUGACGCUCUUCGGGGAGGGGGAGAAAGCGCGCGCGCGCCGGUAUUGGCGGGUCGUUAGGAAGGAUGAUUCCAACACGGGUGGUGGUGCAGCAGCGGUGCAGCGACAACAGUGGACGGACGGGCCGAUUCCCACGACGCUGGAGCUGGUGCCGGAGGUGGAGAUGAAGAUUCCGGCCACGGUGCCGAAGGAGGAUGACGGGAAGCGGUUCUUGUUUCGGCAGCUGGCCUCGUAUUUUACUAUGGUCCUGAAGGAGUGGGAGGAUGCGCUGGCGAAGCGCGAUGUCUCGGUCAAGCAGAGUCUGCAGGGCCGGCAGGCAUUCAAUGCCAUGGUGCAGUCGCGGGAGAAUAUGAAGCCGCUGUUCCGCAAGUUCGAGAAGGGGGAUCUGGAUGCCGGGGUCUUGGAGCAUGUGGUUGAGAUUGUGCACAAGGCGCAGCUGCGCCGCUAUGUCGAUGCCAAUGAUGCGUAUCUGCGAUUGAGUAUUGGGAAAGCUGCGUGGCCCAUCGGUGUGACCAUGGUGGGUAUCCACGAGCGUUCGGCGCGCGAGAAGCUGCAUCAGAGUGAUCAGCAGGCCCACAUUCUAAGCGACGAGAGCACUCGCAAGUAUCUCCAGAGUAUCAAGCGGUGCCUCAGCUUCGCGCAGACUCGGUGGCCGCCGGACGACCAGUUGCAGAUUAUGGGUUGAGUGGGUUGACGAUAGUUCGUGGGUGGAUAUGGGUGAUAUCUCCAGCAGUCAACCACUUUUUAUGAUACUACGUACAUGUGUCAAGCCACUGCAAGUUUGAGCAAGUAUCAUAUAUCUGGCAUUAUAAACAAUCACAGCUAUGUACAAUCUACGCAGUAGAUCAUGUCUAUUAUAAACAUAUCAAUCCG